AUGAUAGCUAUGUUGGGAAAUUUGAUCAUCACAAUGCUGAUCAUCCAGGCUCCUCAGUUGCAUACUCCUAUGUACUUUCUUAUAUGUAAUCUAUCUCUAUUAGACAUGUCUUUUAUAUCAGUUACUGUUCCAAAGCUUUUAGCCAUCACAAAGACUGACAUGAAUGUUUUGUCUUUUAAAGAAUGUAUCUCGCAAAUGUACUUUUUUAUUGCAACUGCAAACAUAGAGUCUUUUCUUCUGACCUCCAUGUCUUAUGAUAGAUAUGUAGCAAUUUGUAAUCCUUUGCUCUAUCCUUUAAUUAUGAACAGAGUUUCAUGUUUAUUUUUGACUGUAGCAUCCUGGCUCCUUGGAUUCUUAAACUCAUUAUUGCUCUCGUUGCUUACAUCAAAUUUGUCAUUUUGUAAGUCCAAAAUCAUUAAUAAUUUUUUCUGUGACCUCAAGGCACUUCUAAAUAUGUCCUGUAGUGACACUACUCUCAUUCAGACUAUUAUACUUGUUGACAAUUUUAUCAUUGGUUUCUUUCCUUCUUCUUUGACCUUGACCUCUUAUGCUUAUAUCAUUUCUAGCGUGUUAAAAAUCCAUAGCACAGAGGGGAGACAUAAAGCUUUCUCAAACUGCACGUCACACCUUACCAUUCUUUUCCUCUUUUAUGGAACAGCACUUUGCUUGUACAUGGUUCCUAAUGCUGAAAACUCUCAAACCAAAGAUAGCAUUCUUUCAUUUAUUUAUGUUGCUUUAAUUCCAAUGGUAAAUCCAUUAGUUUAUAGUCUACGAAAUAAGGAUGUUUUAGGAGCUUUGUCAAAAGUAACUGGAUGGAAUAAAGCACAUAGAAUAUCUUUUAAAAACAAAAUUUAA